AUGUCACAACUUCAAGAACUAUUCAAUCGGGCCAUAGAGCCACUCCCAGCAAUCACCGAUAAGAACUUCGCAUCUCACUUCGACGCCUAUCGCGAUGUGCAAAUUUUACUUCUAGGCGAUGGCAGCCAUGGUACAUCCGAGUUUUACCACGCGCGGGCCGAAAUCACAAAAAGAUACAUCAUGGAACAUGGCUUCACGAUGGUUGCCGUUGAGGCCGAUUGGCCCGAUGCCGAAGCCAUUGACCGAUAUGUUCGCAUGCGGGAAGGUCCCAAAGCGCCGCUUGGCCGUACAGAUGAUGGAUUCGAGCCAUUCAAACGUUUCCCGACCUGGAUGUGGCGCAAUCGUGAAAUGCAAGAUCUGGUGGAAUGGAUACGCAAUUGGAACAAGGAUCUUCCCCCAAACAUGCGAGUUGGAUUCUACGGCCUGGAUCUAUAUAGUAUGGGCACAUCGAUGCGAGCUGUGAUUGAGUAUCUUGACCGGGUAGACCCGGCAGCAGGUAAACAAGCACGAAAAAAUUAUGGGUGUCUUAUGCCGUGGAUGGAGGAUCCAAUUGAAUAUGGCUUGGCUUCCUUGCAUGGACUGGAGGGUUGUGAACGUGAGGUGAUGCUGAUUCUGCGGGGUCUAUUGGAGAAACGGCUUCGGUACAUUGGAGAAAGAUGUGAAGAUCGCGAUGAAUAUCACAGCGGGAAACAGAAUGCCUAUCUUGUACGCGAUGCCGAGAAAUAUUAUAAGGCAAUGUUCUGGAGUGAGGCCAGCUCAUGGACCUUGAGAGACAGCCACAUGUUCGACACCCUGGUACGGAUAAUGCAGCACCGCCCACCGCCAGCUAACAAAGCUAUUGUGUGGGCUCAUAAUUCACAUGUUGGAGAUGCCCGCUAUACAAGCAUGGGAAUGCGUCGCAACGAACUCAACAUCGGCCAAUUGUGCAAAGAGAAAUUCGGUCGAGAUAAUGUCGCUAUUAUUGGCUGCGGUACCCACACCGGUACCGUCGCUGCAGCUCAUGACUGGGAUGACGACAUGAAAAUCAUGGAUGUUCUACCCUCGAGAGAUGACAGUUGGGAAAUAAUCGCUCAUGAUACUGGUGUACCGAGCUUUCUUCUCGAGCUCCGACGACCCUACUUAGAUCCUACUCUCCGCGCCGCUCUUGCUCGUGAGAAGCGUCUCCAGCGUUUUAUCGGUGUGAUUUACAGACCAGAGACAGAAAGAGCAUCUCAUUACUCUCACGCCAUUAUUCAUAGACAGUUUGAUGGAUAUGUUUGGUUCGAUCAGACAGAGGCCGUGAAGCCUUUGGAGGUUAUCCAGCCCAAAACAGCCCUUGGAAAGGAGGAAACCUAUCCAUUUGGCCUUUAA